AUGGUCUCGUUUCAAUGCGAGGCUUGCGGCGACGUCUUCACCAAGAAGAAGACCGAUCCCCACCGUAAUCAGUGUCGCGGCGCGCGUUUCUCCUGUCUCGAUUGUUCAGUCGAAUUCCCCGGAACCUCUUAUCGAGGCCAUACGCCAAACAAAUCCAAGAAAUUCAAACCUGCCCAUAAUGCUUCCCCUCCGGCCGCUCCUAGCCCUCACCAGGCUGCUCCCCGCCAGGAACCUGGAAAGGUUUCGACCCCUACCACUACAACCAAGCCUAAUGCCCAGGUGAAUGUGUUUGAUUUUCUCGACACGACAACCACCCCGAAUGCCUCAAAAGUCUCCCUAGGAGGAUCCGACGCGCCAAUGGUUAUGCUAAAGGAUGCACCCCCGCUCUUCAAUGCGCCCAAGGAGCUUGCAAAGAUCGAUAAUGGAAAGGAUGAUGAGGUAAAUUACGAUGUGGCAUUUGAAGAGAAUGGCUUCUCCUAUGGCGCAGACACCCUAGAGACACCACUAUACCAAAACGGAGGUGCAAAUGGAUCCGCCGCGUCUUUCAACAAUUUCACGACCCCAGCACCAAAACGGAAUAAGGAUCGGUCAUCCCGUCGGGAUAGAGAUCAGCAUCGGGAUCAGAAUCGGGAUCAGGACCGCCCAGCUUCCCCGGAUCGGUUCCAUACUCCUCUUAACAACCCGACUAGUACAGGUGACAAGAAGCGUAAACGCGGCCAUGUUGGAAAAGUCGAUGGCCAGAUGGCCAAUUCGGCCUCCACUGGCGGUGAUGAUAUCCAAAUGAUCGACGCUCCCCCCCCAUCAAGUGCUAUUGCUAACCCAUCAACCCCAACGCUGGCCCACUCAGGCCUUACUGGUGGCAUCAACCGCAUGAUGAGAGAUAUCUCCCCACCAACACCAGACGCAGCCUACCGCAGCGCCGACGAGGGCUUCAAUAAUGACGGACGCCACCAAUACCCCAACCCAACUUCCCCCAUAAAACGCACCCGCAUGGCAGAUAACGAUGCCUCCGGCAACCACAACCACAACAACACUAACAAUCAUAAUGAUAAGGACACUAACGACGAAUCUACCACGGACGAACAGGACAAGGCCCUCGUCCUCGCUAUCCAGGAACGUACAGAUCGGAUCAUGGACCUCCUCGCCCGCAACCCCCGCAAGGGGCCCGUCUUCACGGAUCCUACACGUAAACCUUUCCCGCUCUGGCCUAUUACGAGUAAGGACGGCAAGGGCGCCAGCCUUGCCGAAGCCAUCAUUCCUCCCCGCGAGAAGAAGAGGAAGGCGGUGACGAAGAGGAGUGGCACGACUACGGCUGCUGGUGCUGGUGUUAGCAAGGCCACCCGUGCGGCUACGAGCGCUCGUGCUAGUUCCAGUACGAGUAAGAAGGCCGAUGCUGCUGCCGCCGCCGCCGCCGCUACGGCCCCGCGCCGUCUCAAGACCAUCGAAUAUCGCGCCGACAUCGCUAAUGGGAAUUCUGCAAAUAAUAAUAACACCACCACCGCCGCCGCCACUAGCAACCAGCUCGUCGUCUACGGUAGCGGCAGUAGUAGUCGCCGAGGAGAGUACGAGGACGCGGAGGUGGAGGCGGCGGAGCGCGAGCUCGUGCUGCGCGAGCAGGCGAGCGUGUUUUUAUCGCUUGUGACGAAGGGGCCGGAGUCUGGGAGGGGGUUCUCGGUUCAUAAGGCGUUGAAGAGGUUUCAUCGUGAAGGGGGGAUGGGGGGGAGUUCACAGGGAGAUGGGGAGAGGGAGAGGGAUGGUGCGAGGGGGAAGGGGAAGGGGAAGGAGAAGGAGAAGGAGAAGGAGAAGGAGAAGGAAAAGGAAAAGGAAAAGGAAAAGGAAAAGGAUAUGGAGAGAGGGAGAGGCAGGGGGAGGGGGAGGGGGAGGGGGAAGGAGGGGCGGGAGAGUAGGGAGCGCGAAAGGGAGAGGGUGAAGGAGAGGGAGCGAGAGCGGAGGAUUGAGGUGGAGAAGGAGUUGUGGAGGGUGUUGAGGCUGAAGAGGAAUGAGAGGGGGGAGAUAGUUGUGUUUGUUUAA